CAGUUAGGGAACGGCGACCAAUCAGAAACGGGAGAGGGCGGAGCUAAGCGGGGAAUUUGGUCAUUUCCUGGUUACAGUCAAGCGCUUGCAGAAUGAACGUGGGCGUGGCUCACAGCGAGGUGAACCCCAACACGCGGGUGAUGAACAGCAGAGGGAUUUGGCUCACCUACCUGCUGCUGACCGUCGUCUUACACAUCGUCUUACUGAGCAUCCCGUUCCUCAGCGUGCCAAUCGUGUGGACCUUAACCAAUGUCAUUCACAAUCUGGCCAUGUACGUGUUCCUUCACACGGUAAAGGGGACUCCAUUCGAGACACCAGACCAGGGAAAAGCCCGCCUGCUUACUCACUGGGAACAAAUGGAUUACGGCAUCCAGUUCACAUCAUCAAGAAAAUUCCUCACCAUUUCACCCAUAGUGCUGUACAUCCUGGCCAGCUUUUACACCAAAUACGAUGCCACCCACUUCCUGAUCAACACAAGCUCCCUUCUUAGUGUCCUUCUGCCCAAGUUGCCUCAGUUCCAUAAAGUGCGUCUGUUUGGUAUCAAUAAAUACUGAAGCAGAGUUCAGAGCGGUCAUCGAGAGGCAAAGGGAACAGGAGCGAAGAAAACGUCCGUCUCUUGGUUUAACGCCUCCUCUUAAUACAAGUUAAGGAAGUGAACUCGACGUCUUACACUGUAUCGAAAAGGACUCGCGGCAGUGCACUGGUGUUUGAAUUUUAUAUUAUUUUCUCCCAUCCUUUUUUUUUUUUUUUAAAUUUCAUUGGAAAUGCAUUCCAGACUAUGUAUGAAUUCACUUCGAGGGCAGGUGAGGUUUAUAUUUAUUUAUUCAUUUUGUAGAAACCUUUAUGCAAAAGAGACUUAAGUGAGGCAGAAUCCGGGAAAGGAGCUGACCGAGUUUCUGUCAAGCGUCUAUGAAUAAGGGAAAAAUUGUAGGAAUAUUUAAAAAAAAAAAAAAAAAAAAAAAAAAACCAAA